AUGGCGGAGGGCAGCUUCUUCGUGGGGCAGGGCCAGCACAUCUGCACGCGGGACUACCAGCGCCUGCACGGCACCCGCCGCUUGGCCUGUGACCGCUUCAUCGAGGGCGAGGUGGUGUCAGCGCUGGGCCGGACCUACCACCCCGACUGGUUCGUGUGCGCCGCCUGCCGGCUCCCCUUCCCUCCCGGGGACCGUGUGACCUUCAUCGGGAAGGAGUGCCUGUGCCAGAAGUGUUCCGGCGCAGAAGUAAAAACCGGCCAGUCCCCGGUGGCCCUGGACAAGCACUGGCACCUGGGCGGCUUCAAGUGCAAGACCUGCGGGAAGGAGCUGAAUGCCGAGUAUACCAGCAAGGACGCGCUGCCCUACUGCGAGGCCGACCACCACGCCGAGUUCGGCGUCCGCCGUGCGGGCUGCGAGAAGUCCAUCGCGGGGCGCGCGCUGGAGGCGGGCGAGACGCACUGCUCCCCAUCGCCCCCCCUCCACUGUGCGCGCUCUGCGUCCGGUGCGGCCGGAUGUUCGGAUGUUUGGAUGUUCGCUGAGGGCGAGCAGAUGUACCUCCAAGGCUCCUCCACCUGGCACCCCGCCUGCCGACAAGCAGCCAGGACGGAGGACAAGAACAAGGAGACCAGGACGUCCUCCGAGAGCAUCAUCUCCGUGCCUGCGUCCAGCACCUCGGGCUCCCCAAGCCGGUCAUCUACGGGGGACGAGAUCCUGGACUCCAGAGACCUGGCUGCCCUGCCCAAGAGCAAGGCCAUCUCCAACAUCUACCACCCCGACAGGAUCUCCUACUCGCCCUACGUCAGCCACGCGGGGGACCGGCCGAACUGCCUCGAGGAAGACAGGGACGACCGCUCCACCAGGUCGGCCAGCCUCGGGCGCUACAGCCCGACCUCGCGGCCGCCCCAGCACUACAGCCAGCCGGCCUCGAGGCGCCUGGACGGGGAGGAAGGCGGUUCCGACCAGGACGGCAGGAAACAGAAGGGCAGCUGGCUGAUCCCCCAGGGGGACGCGGACACCAGGACCAACUCGCCUGACAGCCAGGCUCAGUCCCACAGCAGCGGGGCCGACCGAGACCCUCUCCCCACCGGCCCGGGAGCUGGCUUCUACUCACAGUUCCCCUGUUCCAAACCUGACCCUCUCCCCGAACACGGAAAGGAUGGCCUGGACCACCGGGACGCCCAUCUGGCGCCUUGUGGAGCAGACCCGGACGCCAGCUGGGGCGCGAGAGAAUGCAAGGUCUGUCCCUAUGACAACCUCAUCGUCACAAACCGAAUCCGAGUGAAGCUGCCCAAAGACGUGGACAGGAUCAGACUGGAGAGACACCUGUCGCCCGCGGAGUUCUAGGCG